AUGAGGUAUUCCUUACUCUCCCUUCUCGUCGGUGUCUCACUGGCAGCCGCAACAACCCACCAUCGCUGCCCUUUCACCCCUCUGCAAGACCGCCAGCCCUCCUGCGAGUUUGGCGAUGCCGACAUCUACACCCCACCCGCCCCUUGGACCGGCCCCGAGCACUGUUCGACCGAGUACUGCGUCUAUUCCAACCCGCACGCCAGCCACGCCGGCUUGUCCAUGAUCACUACGACACACAAUCUCUCUGACGACACCCUCACUGCGAACUCUGGCUUGGAGAUCGAACUCAAACCAGGCAUCGACUACUACGAAGCCGAGAUCCCAGGAAAAGGGAUCGGGCUAAUCGCCAACCGGACCAUCUACAAAGGGGAAAUUAUCCUGCAGCGCGGGCCGGCAUUGUUAAUCCAAUCGACACCGCACGUACAUGUCCCGCCUGACCGGCGCCUAGAGAUGUACGAAGCGGCCGUGGACAGGCUACCGAGUGAAACAAGGAAACAUUUUCUGCGGCAGGUUGGGGACACGGUGUUGGACAAAGUGCAACGGAAUGCGUUUCGGGUGUUUGUGAGUGGGAAUGGUACUGAUUCGGCGCAUUUGGGCGUGUUCCCGGAGGUUAGUAAGAUAAAUCACGCUUGUCGGCCAAACCUCCACUACCGCCUCAACAACACCACCCACACCACCAUCGCCGUCCGCGACAUCCCCCCCGGCGAAGAACUCACCCUAACCUACAUCUACGCCAAACUCCCCCUCGCCGAGCGCCUCACUCGCCUCCGCGACUGGGGCUUCACCUGCACCUGCUCGCAAUGCAUCCAACCCACCUCCGCAGCCGCCGCAUCCGACCGCCGCCUGCGCCAAAUCGCGGACCUCGAGCGCGAAAUUGACCAACUGAUGUCCCGGCGCCCGUUACCGCCCCAUAUGGCCGCGCAGGGGAUGAAGCAAGCCGAUCGGGAAAUCCGGCCGGGGUUGGUGGCGAAACUGGUGGAGUUGUAUGAGAGGGAAGAGUUGUGGGGGUCUCUCGCGGCGCCGUAUGCGAAGGCUGCGUUGGUGCAUGCUAUGUUUGGGUUGGAGGAGGAGGCGAGGGGGUAUGCGGAGAAGGCAGUUGGGGCGUUGUUGAGGGAGACGGGGGAACGGGCGAAGGAUUUGCCGUCGAUGAGGAGGUUGGUGGGGGAUCCGAGGAGGCAUUGGGCGUGGCGGUUGAAGGUGGGGAGGGAUGAGGGGGGUGAGAAUGGGCAUAUUAGGUAUUAA